GUACUUGCAGCUGUAGGCUCACUGUUGCUGCUCCAACCAACCAUCCAUCCUGCACCUCGGUGUCUCCAAGCUGAGGUGCUGCUACUCCAAAAAAAAAAACACCGGCGCCCGCGUGUUUGUGUGCGUUUGAGUGUGUACUAACAAAACCCCCCCGAGCAUUCAACUCCCGGAUCUGCUCAUACGUACCUUUUUCCGCCUUCAGGUACCAACUCCGGCAAAAACUACCUGUAGAGGAAGUCGUGGGGGGGAAAGUACAUUUUUCUGAAGCCGAAAACGACGGCGAGAACCGGCGUGUGCGGAACGGCUCCUCGGCGGUGACGUCACGGCCGCCGUUGGAAUUCUUCUUCUUUGCGUUUUUUGGCGGCAGCCGUUGGAGUUUUUUCUUUUUUUUUUUUUUUUUCCGCCUCGUUUUUGUUGGGAACCAGAAGGGGGCGGGGCUUGUUCCAACGCUUCUUCAACGCUCGGCUUCAGUCCGCAAAGACCGACACAACAGACGUUGUGUCUUUUUGUGCGUGAGCCACAACUCUAUCCCAAUUCCCACCCCCUCCCAACCCCACACCACCAUUACCCGGUUCGCCUUAAAGCACCUUUUAAAGCCGGUUGCGGUGCUCGAUCUGCAACCGAAAGCCGUCCCUGGAGGAGUGUUUUUUUGAGUGGCAGAAGGAGGAAGAGAAACCGAGAUUGAAAGUAGCGGGAACGUGGAAGGACGCGGAGAGCUGAUUGCUGAGAAAUCCUGUGGGAAAUCGAUGACCAGGAAUCUUUAGGCCUAAAGGGAGCAAUGGAAGUUGUUGUGACAGAGGAGAAAAAGAAGAUUUUCCGUGCUAGGAAAACCAUGAAGAUUAGUGAUCGUCUGCAGCUGGACAGCCUUCACACCACGUUGCUGACGGCGCCAAGUUUGUCCAACCCGUCUCCGCCUCCUCUGGUGAACGGCACACAUAAAGAGGAUGGACAGAAGGUGGCUGACAAGGAUCAAAACAACAUCACUGACUCAAACGCAAAUUCACCUGCCUCUCAGACUUCUCUGAGCUCCCCCGCACCAUUCCUGUCCCUCAAUCUGUCACCUUCUCCUUCAUCUUCGCAAAGUCCCAAAGAGCAGGACGAAGCACCUUCCCCCACUUCAUCAUUCCACUCUGUAUUUUUUGACCUUAAAAAGAUGGAGGGUGACGAAAAGCAGCGUUCUUCGCCGUCAAGUGAGUCUGUUGCUGCUGCAUCAACUGAGCAGAAGGACCAAGAGAAAAAUGACAGUGAGGGGAUCACCAUGGUGGAAAAGAAGCAGGAGAAACGCAGCCCAAAAGAGGUCACAGCUGGGGCUUCAGUGACGGUUUCUGGGAAAGAUUCGGCCUCCUCUUCACCCGUGCCACCUGCGGCUUCUGAAUACACAGAACCAAUGGAAACGGAAAGUGACACCACCAAGACUGCUGUCGCUGAGGCCUCCACAUCCCUAGUAAAAGACAAAAAGCCUUCUUCCCUCAAAGCUCCCUCUCCCAGUUCGUCGGCGUGUCAUCCAACGUCAACAUCUGAACAAAAGCACACAUCGACCGAAGUCACGAAGGCUGAAGUAAAAGAAGAGGAUGACAAAGCUGAUGUGAAGAAAGGACCAAAUUCUGUCAGAAAGACGGAGAUGAACAGUGUCAAAAUGGAGGCAAAAAAGGAAGAAACUGAUAUCAAACAGAUAUCUAAGUCAAGUAGACCAUCAUCUGUUCCACCUUUUAAUACAGCUCGUGAAGAGAAGAGCUCAACCUCGGGACUAAAGCGCACUUUAUCGGAAGGAAAUGAGGAAGAUGUGAAAAAAGAGGGGAAAAGGCCCAAGGUGGAGGACGAGGAGCUGGAGGCCCAACUGGAACUUAAAAUCACAGCCAAAGCUGGCAGCCACCACAAGCUUGAAAAGAUUGUGCAAAACCUUGUGGAAGAACGGCUGAAGAUCUUGCAGCUGAACAUUUUUGACAAACAUUUUCAAGAGUUGAAAGACAGAGUUGACAAAAUCGACUGUGCUACGAAACACCAAACCGCCAUUAACACACUCCAAUCCAAGAUAUCCCGUCUAUCGAAAAAGUUUGGAGAGGCUAAUCAGGCAUCUGAAAACAAAAGGAAGCAAGAGGCACUCGCUGCUGCUAGUGCUGCUGCUGCUGCCGCCAGUGCUGCUGCUGCCAUUACCGCCGCCAAGUCUGCAGUCGCUACAAACAACAUUCAGGCUCAGCGGCAAGUCCGGACUUCCAUAGAAGUAAAGCCGCCUCCAACUGUUUCUUCAUCCAGUUCAGCUGUAGUUCCAGUCCCGGCAUCUCUUUCAGUCUGUACUACGACUUCCGCCCCGACAUCCACCUCCACUACCGUUGUUCCACAGGCUUCUAUCCUCCAGCUAAUCACUUCCAGCGCUAACGCCGCCUCCACCUUGGCCAACGCCAUCACCACUCAGAGUCAGACCGGCACGCUAGUGCUGAAAACGGCCUCCGGGAGCAGCAUGAUGGCCGCAGGCCAGCCGCUGGUGAUCCAGCUGCCUCUGUCGGUGAACGGCCAGACGGGGACGCUGGUCAACUUCCCCGUGUCCUCGUUGUCUGCCGCCGGCUCCCUCAGCAAGUCCAAAACCUCUGCCUCCACCACCACGUUUAUACUCAAGUCUCCUCCCACGAGUAAUGCGGCGUCGACCUCCAUCUCAUCUGCUGCCACCCUCCCAGCCCUGCCCGCUCUCCAACCCUCCCCCGGGCAGGUGCCCACCACCGCCCAGAUCUCCCUGACCCGGCCGGUGUACCAGGGGGGUGCAGGUGGGAUAACCACGCCCAACGCUGGCAUUUCCGUGACCACAGCCAGGACACCGGCUCAGUCUGUCUCCGUCGUCGGUGCCAUGUCUUCAGUUUCCUCGCCUGCAACCUCCGGGCCAGCAGCGACCGGAUCCACUGCUCCAGGACCCCCACAGGGAACCUCUCUAACAUCAAAGACAGACAACCAAGCUACUGGGAGCACUCCAUCGAAACCAGCUAUGCCCACGGUGCGACCCAAAGGUUCUGUCAUCGAUCUCACUGAGGACGACGACGAUGUGCAAGUGACUGGAGUUAAGAAGGCCACGGCUUCCGCCACGGUUUCCACCACGGUUUCCACCGCGUCACCUGCGCCGCGCCCUAACCCCGUCAUCAGCGUUCCCACGAGCAUGUUGACGGUAAACUCUGAUCUCCGGGGAGGGCUAACGAUGGAUGAAUGGAUUGAGUGCCCGUCUGCGGAAAAAAAGACGAACAAAAGACGACAUGCAGAUCUGACAUCUGGAGAGGUUGACCAACUCGAUAAAGAGAAAAGUGAGGCGGCCAAUACAGUUAAACAGACGCGGUGGGCGGUGAAGUGCUUUGAAGACUGGUGCAAAGACAAAGGUUUGGCCGUGGACUUUCAGACGGUGUCUAAAAAAGAAUUGAAUGACAUUUUAAGAGAGUUUUAUGGCACUGUCAGAAACUUUAAAGGUGACCUGUAUGGACUGAGCAGCUACACCGGUAUCCGUGCAGGACUGAACAGAUAUGUCAGCGACCCCCCACUCAGCCUCUCUUGGUGCCUCCUCAAAGACAAAGAGUUCAAAACCUCUAAUAAUGUGUUCGCUGGCGUUGUGAACAUGUUGAGGAAGAACGGACUUGACACUAUAGUGCAUCACACAUCAAUCACAAACGCUGACCUCAACACCAUAAAGCGCGUCCUGAAUCCAAACACUCCAACGGGCUUGGUAAAUAAAGUGUGGUUCGACACGCAGCUGCAUUUUGGGCGCAGAGGAAAGGAGGGAAAUCGUCAGCUCAAACCCUCAUCUUUUGUGAUCAAAACGGAUGAAAGGGGCUUGAAAUACGCCACGCUGACGCACGAGGACGCCAAAAAUCAUGAUGAUCCAGAAGGCAGGAACAGGGAGAGAGUCAUGUACCAACUGCCCGGUGAUCCUCUCUGCCCUGUGUCCUCGUUGGAAAAAUAUCUCUCCGUCCUGCCUCCUGACGCGCCGGCGUUUUAUCUGCAUGCGAGGAAAGAGCACUGCAACUUGGACAAAGUUUGGUUUACACGAGAGCCGAUGGGCGUCAAUCACCUCUCCACAAUGUUGCCCCGCAUCUGCAAGGAAGCUGGCACACAGCAUAGAUACACCAACCUCUGCCUCCACAGCACCCCCAUAGAGAAGCUGUCUGAUGCAGGCCUCAACACCACACAGAUCUGUUAUGGAGUAACUGCAGAAAUGAAUCCGCAGGAGCAAGGUCAUCCCCAAAAACCAAUCAGACCGUCUCCAGCAAUCCUCAAAUUACAGUGCAUCACCGCCCCCCACAGGAACCUCUGCUGAAACCUCGCCCUGUGACCUCUACGACACCAGCCCGGGCCACCAGCAUGGCUCUCCCCCCUCUCCCCGCUGCUCCGGCACCGCCGCGUUUACCGCUGGACGCCGAACGGACCUCGCCCCCCCAGCAGCUGCAGCU